GUUUAAUUUUCAUAUCUAUGUCGACGAAAGACGCGACGUUGUUGAGCUCACUCCUUGCCACCGCCUCCUACGUUGCGCAACGUCGGUCACGAUGUCAACUGCAAUAGCCCACCACCUACCUCCCAUAGACACUUACAAUGCCAUGGGUGAUUAUACCGAACAGAUCAACAAGCAAAUAGUAAUCGAGAACUUUGAGUUCGAAGUCGAGCAGCGAACGGAAGAGAUGAGGCGAUGGCUGCAGCUCAGCAUAGACCAGUUCCGACAGCACCAGGAGAAUCUCAUUGGCCGGAUACCAAAGCACGUCCGGAACAUGACCCUGCGCGAGCUUCGCGACAAGUACAACGGCGACAUGCAGGCCGCAACGAUCGGCGGGCCUAUGGAGCGCCUGCAGGAAGUCGGAGGGCGCGAGCGCGAGGAGCUGAACAAGAAGCGGAAGUGGGUCGAGGAGGAUAAUGAAGCGCGCAAGAACGCGCGCCUCCAUUCCCCCGUCAAGAAGCCGCCACCGUCCAACGUGCGCAGGACGCCGAUGCGCCACGCCACCCCGCACAAGCCACCAUUCGUCCCCGCACGAAACCCCUCACCCUCGAAACCAUCGUUGUAUAGCAAGCAGCGCGUGCCCUCCAGCUCGACAUUUAACCCCACUCUCAACCUCCCCCCGAAGACCCCGCUCUACCCCGGUAGCACCAGCCGCUCAGGCGCGCCGGACGCAAUGCCACCGCCCUCUGGCACGCGCACCCUCAAGCGCGUCAAGAGCAACAUCCUCAUCCGCGCCGAUCCUACCCAUUCGCGCUCCAAUUCGCAGACAGAUGUCACUGCGCCGGCAGGAAAGAAUACUGCUGCUACUUCGCAGGCAACCACGACGCUGCUGGACCCCUCGACUGUGCCCACUACCACACCUCGUCUAACACGGACACGUUCCGUCAUCACGCUCGCAACAACGGACGGCCACGUGCUUGAGUUCGACCCGCUCAUGAACUCACCAAGCGAUCUGGAGGCGCUGGAGGGCAUCACGAACAGCGCGAAGCGCGAGGCGCGGAAGGAAAUGACGCGCCUGGUCAGCGCAACGAUGGAGAAGUGGAAGAUCACAUGAGGGCGCCGCCGUCUGCUGCUUCUGCGCCGGCGUACAAGACGCAGCUCGUUCACGGUUCAUGGCACAUACGCUCUCAUACCUCCUCAUCUACCGACUGUAUCUAUAGCUCAACUUACUGCAGCCGCACGGCUUGCCCGACUCGCUCACACAGCGCCGAGCCCUUGUGCAGAGAGGUGCUAUAUAUUAUUCGCCUCGCCUGAUAAUACAUAAGUACAUGAGCUGGCCGAGUCCAGCCACGACGGAUAACGAGAGUGAAAGAGUGUCUGCCAUGCGAGACUACUGAGAACAACAAAGCAAAGUCCGACGUCCAUACCCCGAAUAUAAAAUGGAAGAAAGUCAAUUGGCCGACGGUAUAACAGAAGCCUCAAACCAGGAGUUCUCCGAAUCCGAUUGCGAGUCGAGGGGGGCUCAUUGCGUUUUUUGACCGACCGACGAUGACCAUCAGCCGACCAUGCACCAACAGUGACGAGGCCAACAGCGACGAGGAGUGAUGAUUUCGCCGUUGUUCGACCAGUUGCGCGCCGUCCACCGACCGACCGAGCCGGAUUCAACAAAGGUCUCAAUUCCAAGAGGAGAUACAAACGAGCGGCACCGACACGGCCGUCAAUAGAAGCGGGAAGGUAGAGUAUCCUCGUCUGUCGAAGAAGGGGGCAGGGGGCCGACAGCGCGAGGGAUAAAUAAGGCCGUACGCAGGAGGGUACAUAACUCGUACACAGGUGCAUAACGCGGCGGGUGCAGGUGAGGUGCAGACGCGAGAUCCGGCGCGCAGGGGUGCGCGGCGGACGAGGCGCGCGCGUCAACGGUCGUGGGCGGGCGGGCCGGCUCGUCAACG